AACCUCUCGUUCAUCAGAUCGUACACAAACAUGACCCUCUCCUCUCAAUGAGCACGCGCGAUUUGGUUGCUUGGAAUGGAGCGAUCCCUCAACAUUCAUACUGACAUCACGACUCUAUUCAUGACGCGUGAAUGACCAGAGCGCGUCACAAUGUGUAACGACAGACUAAUGGAAUUGUGCACCGUAGGUGCAUAUACAUACAGAUGUCUCGAUUAUUUGUGAUGCGUGGGUUCUGCACUCGGUCUACACUCACAACAGCAGCAUCAACACUUUCGGAAACCUCAAAACAUUCGCACCCAUGAGCUCAGCGAUCAAUGCCGCCGCUUCGACCCUUUCCGAAAACUUGGGAGGUGUGGCCCACAAGAUUGCACCUUCUCAUACGAAGUUCAGUAGCGAUGAUAUUCCAGACCAAAGUGGGAAGGUAGCAGUCAUCACCGGCGGUAGCGAGGGAAUUGGAUAUGGAGUCUCUUACACCCUACUUUCGAAGAACAUCAAUCGCGUAUUCAUCCUUUCCACAUCCAAGGAAGUUGUUGGCAAAGCGCGAGAUGCCGUCCGCAAAGAGCUUGGAGAUGACAAGGCGGACAAGACUUCGUGGAUACAGUGCGACCUCGCUGCCUGGGACAAGAUUCCUAGCAUAGCGGACCAGAUCAAGAAUUCCACAGAUCGGAUCGAUAUAUUGGUGAACAACGCAGGCAGAGGUAUCAUGACUGCUGAGCAUACAAGUUACGGAGUGGACAGACACAUGGCGCUGAACCAUUUCGGUCAUGUUCUUCUCACGUCACAUCUCUUACCACUGCUCAAGAAGACGGCAAGUGAUGGCCACAUUGUACGAAUAUCGAAUCAGGCAUCUAAUGCUCAUGAAUCUGCCCCCAAGGAGACCUCAUUCGCGGAUCUGAAUGAACUCAACAAGGAUUAUGGACCGUUGGCACAGUAUGGCCGUGCAAAGCUAGCCAACGUUCUCUAUAGCAAAUAUCUAGCCCGACAUCUGACCAGGGACAACCCACGAAUUCUAGCCAAUGCCACGCAUCCUGGCAUUGUGUCGACGAAGAUGAGCAAAGACGAUAUCCAUGAACCGUAUCCGCUUGCAGGCUACGGAAUGUCGUUGGUGUUGGAGCAAUUUAAAAAGGAUCAAUUCGAUGGUGCUCUGUCGACGCUUUACGCAGUGACCAAAACUGAGAACAGCGGCGAGUACAUAUGUCCGCCCGCGGCAAUCGAGGCAGGCAGCGAACUUGCGAGGAACGAAGAGCUGGGAGAACAACUCAUGGAGCUGACUAGUCGAGUGAUCAAGGAGAAGACAGGCCACGAGCCUCCAGCUUUCUACUAGAUGCGGGAAAAGGUCGUAUUGAGCAUGCUAUCCCUUGCCGAAGUUGAUAGCAUACGAGCAGACAUGGCCUUUAUGAGAACAUCGAUU